AUGGAAGAGGAAAAGUAUGAAGAACGUCGGGCAACGUUAUCAUUUAGUUAUUGGAGAAGUAAUAAUAUAUCCAAACUUGAUGUAUGUAUUGCGCAGCAGAAUGCUUUUAUUUGUACAUACACAGCUCCUGAUAUAGUCGGCAACGAAUUACGGUGGAUAAAACAAAAAAUCACUCUAUCCAACAAUUUAUUAACGCCAUUUAAGAUUGUGUUCCGAGCACGAAAUAUCCAUACACCGUCAGAUAUUGUGGCUGUAGAUGAGAUCGAAUACAGCAACUAUCCUCCAAAAGCAUUUUCAUCAUCGGUUUGCUUCAUAUAA